UAGUGACGUUGGUCCUAAUGAACUUUACGCGUGGACUGCGUGACAGACAGGCGGUAACGCAACACAGUGCUGUCAUCCAAACUUAGCGGAGCCCCCUGUGAAGCGUCAGACGGAGCGCCCGGCUGCCAGAUCAAGCUGCACUUCACUUUCACUGCAAAUGCUCGAUCAGGUGGCUGCUGCUUCAACUUCACCCCCGCGGACUGUGCAGUGAUGGUCGAGUGCGUGGAUGUGGAUUAGUAGAGAGUGUUGGUCCAACUGGCUGAUGCUGAACACCUUGCACGUGGCGGAGGACUGCCUUCUUUUCUUUUGCUCGACCUCCAGCCUCCAGCAGCUUCACUCUGCCUGUCAAGCGACAGAAAGCGAACCAUGAGCUCCUCUCUCCCCAAAAGCGAGUCCACUACUUCUCUGCUGAGAUCCUCGGGGCUCAACCGCAGGUCUGCGCACUCCAGUAGCGCUCCGCGAGAUCACCGGAGCCACCGCGCUCACUAUCAUCCCACCGGGGCCGGAGGCUGCGAUGAUGCAGGCUGGACAGAGGACUGCGAGACGAGCGCGCGGAGACCUCUCUGCCAGCCAAGACAUGCAGACUCUCGAAAUGUUGGUGAUCACCGGGCGCAGAAGAGCCACUCUCACCGGCAGGCGAGCGUGCCGGAUGACGGUUACGCUCAGGAGGAUGUGAGGCACCGGACGAGCCGGCAUCAGAAAGAGCGCAGCAAGUCCACCAGGUCCAAACACUCUCAUCAUCACCACGACUCCUCUCGAGGCGAGCUGCCUCCUGCAGCGCAUCACCAGGGCGGCGCCCAGCAGGACAGGAGGACCUCUCCAACUCCUUCUUAUCCAAAGCAAACGGACGACGCGGCUUUCUUCUUCGAACCCAGAGAGAGAGUCAUCACCGGCUCGUCCUCCAGCCUCAGCUCUGACCCACCUGCGACAAGCGCACCUGUCAAGCCCGCAUCCAGCCGCACAUCCAAAAGACUGAGCGCAACCGCGUCAGAAUAUGACUCUAGCCUCCAUCCCAUAGUGAAGUCAGUCUUUGGGCAGGACCAAAAGAAGAACUACAAAGCAGUGCAGUCCUGUGAGGAGGGGGGCUCUGGGGGGGCCUAUCUUGAGCCGCUAGUGGCCCUGGCCCAGAACGGAGCCAACAUGCACAAUGUACUGGGGCCUGCGUGCAUCUUUCUACGAAAGGGCUUCGCUGAGAGCCGGCAGGCUGACCGAGAGCUGAGGCCCGAAGAAAUGGAUGAGUUGCGUGAGGCAUUCAAGGAGUUCGAUAAAGACAAAGACGGGUUCAUCGGCUGUAAAGACUUGGGGAACUGCAUGAGAACUAUGGGCUACAUGCCAACAGAGAUGGAGCUGAUAGAACUGAGCCAGCAGAUCAACAUGAAUUUGGGAGGACAUGUUGACUUUGAGGACUUUGUUGAACUUAUGGGGCCCAAACUUCUGGCUGAAACGGCAGACAUGAUUGGAGUGAAAGAGCUGAGGGAUGCAUUCAAGGAGUUUGACACAAAUGGUGACGGACAGAUCAGCACAGCAGAACUUAGAGAAGCAAUGAAAAAACUUUUAGGACAACAGGUCGGACACAGAGACCUGGAGGACAUCCUACGAGACAUCGACCUCAACGGAGAUGGACAUGUAGACUUUGAAGAGUUUGUGCGGAUGAUGUCUCGAUGAGCUCCUGACAGAGAGUCGACAUGUUCAAACACAACAUGGAUGCUCUGUUGGUGUGGAAGGAAGAGGAGAGAGACCCACACAGAGUACCGACGGAUCUUGAACUUCUGAACUGUCAAUGAACGAGAAAACAAAAACAUAUCAACCCUGUCCUGAAACUGCCACGCUGAAGCACAAAGGCUGACGACGACAGCCGGGAGCAACUGUUGAUUACAUGCUGCUGCUGUUUCUUAGAACAUAAACACAACCAACAGCUGCGUUUCUGACUUUUACAAAGUAUAUUUUUUAAAGAAGCCUAUUUUCCUUAACAACAGAAUACAAAAUAACUAAUCAAUAAUAAUAUUUCUAAGGCUGAUGUGGCUGUUGAUUUAAUGGUUAAUGGGACGUUUGAGUCAGUUUGCUCAACACCAUGUUAAUAACUGUAGCAAUUAAGAAGACAUAUUUUCGACUGCAGCAGUAUGCCAGCAAACACCCAAACCAAUACAGCACCUUCUGCUCUAAAGCUGAGGACAGCUUAAGCACAAAUAUAAUAUGGCAAUAUGGAAAUACUUCAUGUGAUCCUGUCAAAGCUGUGUGUCUGUGUUUUGUGCAUACUGUUGUUUCUCCCCUCUCUGUACUGUAGGUUUAUUACAUCCACUGAGACUAUUGUCAAACCCUGGUUAAGACAAGCCAGUAUUUGUUUCGUAAUUAUGUGUAAUGUAGCACUGACACAGUUCUUCGGACUUAAACGACAUUACGCCUAUCUUACUGUGAUAUAUAUGUGAUCUUCAGUGUGCAUAAGACUCCUUCACCUGCAAAAAUAUGGAAGGAAAUUCUCUGUAGUUACAGUGCUAAUCUUGACUACUGCGAUAAGCCUUUUUUAAUUACAUGUAUGUUUUAUUAAUUCUGUAUAUUACUCUGCAUGAAUACACACAGAGUUUGACAGAUCACCACGACGACAGGUGAUCAACAGAGCGUAUUUAUGAAAAGAGAGCCUUUUUUUUUUUGCUUUAAUUUAUCAGAGAGCUUUCAUAAAUGUACAUGUUUAUUGGGGUUUUGUGAGUCUACCGAGUCUACAGAACAGUCCUGAAGUGAUUUUCACUUUGGUGCAACAUUUACUCUUUUAACUUUAAUACCUCAAGAUGGAUUGAACAAUCAACCUCAUCCAUAAACUGCCCCUUACAUAAGCUCAAACACAAAUUUCUUUACCCUCUUACCUUCAUAUCUAUAUUUAUAAAGAAGCAGCGUUAGCUCCUUUAUGGGAAAAAAAAGCCAAAGAAAGUUUACAGAAAUAUUAUUUGAGUCGUGUAUAGUUGGUGUACACGGUGUGUUUUAGAAAUAUGAUCAACAUGGCUGCUUGAAACGCCCUUCCUGGUUCGCGGGGCAGCUAAAUUGCUGGUUGACUGUUCAUAAAUGGAUACAGGGGUACAGUAUAUGCAUGCUAUAAAGUUGAGAAAUUCUUCCAAAGGGAAAUCUUACUUUGUGAUUUUACUUGUCUUAACUGUGUGAAACUAUGCAUGCAAGAAACAACUGACAUUUGUAGCAGAAUA